AUGAAAAAUGGCUUCCCAAAGGGAUCCAACGGUUUUGCAAGCCACGGGAAAGAGUACAGCGGUGAGCUGCAAGAAGAACUUGAAGAGACACCUUUGUCUAUUGCUGUGAUCACCUACUUGUCCUAUUUCUUCUUGAUAAUCUUUGGCUACAUGCGUGACUUUAUGCGUAAGUACCGUUUAGAGAAGUCCAAGUCUGUUAAGGAAACAGGAAAUGAGAUCGGAAAUCUCGAAAAUUUUGGUCAAAUGGAAAGCGCUCCAUUGGUCAUGCCAUGGUUAUGCAAGAUUAAGAGAGGCUCUUCGUUUAUGACCUCUGGACUUUUAACCGUAACGCAUGCUCAGUGGGUUUAAUUUUGGUGGUGUGACCAGGCGUGAUCUUGGGCACGUGCUUGUGCAAAACGGCUGCAUGGCGGAUGAAGACAAUGGGGUUACGACCCUUAAAGAAAUUGGAUAAGCUUUAUUUAGUGAUAAGCGAUAUAUUUUUUUGUAACUUUUAUGUUUUGAUGUGUGUCACAAACAUAUUUGCGAGCGUUUAAGCGCUAAGAGUAUAUUUUUUAAAUUUAGUUUUUAAUGAAAAGUCCGAAAGAACAAUAGCAGACGUAAACCACGUUGACAAGCAUUUGAAAAUUUCACUUUUGAUUACGUUCAGUUACGAUCCUAACACGUGCACUGCGUAGAAAAAAAAAAUAAGGGCACGCGUUCAUAUUGCAAAUAUUUUUUCUGUCUAGACGAAUACAACAAUGGUCGACAAUGGUUUACCUUGUAUAAGUAAUUUAAUGGGGCUGAGUAAAAGCUACGUAUGAAUUAAUAUCACGCAUGUUUUCAGAAAUUCCAGAAGUUGAUACAACUUUUGAAACACAAGUGAUACGAAUCCAUAGUUUUACGAGGAAAGAUGCGAUUAUUUCUUAUGAUGUAAAGGGCAAAACUCCUGUACGUUGUUAUACAAUUUUAUGGGAAGCCAUCAUUGAGUUUAGUUUUCAGGUAGAGUCAGUGAACUGUAAAACGUACCAAUUAAUAGAAUGAAAUUUUAUUUUUUGAACAACCACGUCAAAGUAAUGAAACCAGCCCUUCUUUUUGCUAUCAAUGAAAUUAAAAUACUUAUAUCAAAUGACCACUGCAAGCAAAUUGGCAAAUAUAAGGGAAAAAAGUUUUUUUCUACCCACUAUGGUCACCAAAAAGAUUACAGCUAGGGACGUAUUCAAAAAGGAGGCUUCUUUGUUUAUCGUGAGUUGAUUAAUCCGUUAUAGUUUUCACUGAUUUCAGGGUUUUGUGCCGCUUUAUUCCGAUUUUGAGAGUUUCUACACACGGAAUCUUUACACUCGUGUGAGGGACUGUUUUAACAGACCCAUUUGUAGUG